GAUACAGUCAAUUUAAGCUGACUAGGCCCGCUAUGAAUGCCCUAGGCUUUUUGAUGAUGACGAUUGUCUCCUGGAGUUGGUUCCACUCAGAGGCUGUCAAGGCUGUCUCCAAUAUCGUACAUUCCCUUGAUGUUCUGCGCAAGAUUACAAGUUGUGAGGACUGAGACUAUGAGGCUGUUGUACAUUACCCUCCUGCUGUGUGCACUUUCCAUCACGGUGCACAGUGCCGCUGAUUACGAUAAGGGUCUGCGAGAGGUUUUGGGGUACCUUGAAGAAAACGUCCUUGAUGCCUGUGAAGGCCAAUCUGAAGCCGUGCAAUGUGCUCAACGUGAAUUGCAAUCAAUCAUGCAAUUUCCAAGUCUAUCCCUGUUCUUCAUCAAAGAAUGCAACUGUUUCAAAUGUAUUACAAACAAUCUUCAGCGUGCAGCUUUUGAUGUUUAUGUAACUGAAACAGUUGUCAGACCUUGCGGAUGGUUUAAACACAAUGAUCCGGAUACAUAUGACGACUUACUUACGUGCAUGAAAGAUGGCUUUAACAACCUAAAAUUCGACGACUCUACCUUUACUCCUGAUAUAGAUCCGAAAGACGAAUGGGAGAGUAUGAAACAACUGGCCAAAGAUUGUGAGGAUGGCGGCCAACAAGGGAAUGACAUGGUAAAAUGCGUGGAUGAAAAGUAUGUUAAUGAACGAGCAAAAAAAGGUCAGGCCGCGUGCGCGUCGAAAGAAGACAGGAAUCUGUACAAUUCCCUUCGCGCAUUACUUAAACUUCACCAGAACUGAGUAUUUCCUGUUCAUUGAUCCCUUUCGAUGAAGUAAUCCAAGCUCCGCUAGGUCUUUUUUCUUUCUUUGUUUUUUUUUGCUCUUCUCAUUUAACAGAUAACGUAUCGUAAAGAUUUGCUUUUGUGUUUCGUUUGCCCCUAUUAAAACAUCUUUUUGC